AUGACGUUAAAAGAAAAAGAUCAUUGGAGCUGGAGACAUAAAAUUGGCGUUCCAGAUGUGUUACUUAAAGGAGAUUUGUUUGAUAGAUAUGAUGAGGAAAGCAGCAGCAUAGAUUUUGGAUGUCUUCUUCGAGUAGAUGAAUAUGGUUUUUUUCUUGUUUGGGAGGCUAGAGGAAAAGAAGCUGGGGUGUUGGAUUUGGCACAGCUUUGGGAGGCAAGACCAACUGGUGGAAACAUCAAAGAUUUGCGUAUUGUAGCAGAAUUGGAACAACGUGCAAAAUUAACUCAAAAUGUAGUCAGUUUAGAUCCUUUGGAUUCUAGAAUAGUUUGGUUAACUUAUGGACAGGAUUUGGUUAUAGUCAAUAAUCUCUACUUUGUUGCUGCCACUUCACAAAUUGCAAAGACUUGGCGAGAAUCAAUUAAUGAAUUUUUGAGGACCUAUAAAAUUCGUUUUGCCUGUCCCAUGCAAUGCCUUCAAAAACAUUGGCGCUAUCUUUGUUUAUCAACAAAUGAAAGAGGACGUAUUCCUCUAAGAAACGUAGUUCGUACCUUUGCUAGUGGAAAACCUGAAAAAAUGGUGCAUAAGUGCCUUGCUGAUUUGGGACUUUCUGGCGAUAAGGUGAGAAAAGUUUUUAAUUUUUUUGUUUUUGUCUAUUUGUUUGAGUUUUUUUGUGUUUUUUAA